CCUCCCGUCGUGGGGCCGGCGGUUGUCUGGGCCGCAGACUGCGAAUAUCUGUUGGCCUCGGUCCGGCAGCCUCACCUCUUUUGCCAGUCGAAAAGCGCACCUUCACAAUUCGGAGGAGGAGUGAAGAGUGGCUCGGGGUGGCAGCAAAAGAGGCUCCUCUUCACGCUGGCAUGCCAACCGGCCGGCGCCCUUCAAUUGCUGGGCCCCAUGCCACAAUCACGAGAACCGAAUCGCCCCGUUGGAACAGCUUCGGGCCUUGACGUGACUCGUUGCCGGGCCUCGAGCCAGCGUCAAAUGGUGAAUGCCGCUUGGAACCACGGUCUUUCUGGCUGGAGGAGCAGCCGCAUGAUUGGCCAAUGA